GUAAGUACUAUUGCUGUGUCCACAUGCUCUUGGCUGAUGUAGGUAAAAUAUAACAAUUUGGCGACAAGGAUGGCGGCUUCUGUCCCUGCUCCUGCUCCAUUUUUACCCUGCCCAGAUGGAUGGACUGAUGCUAGACUCUUUUAUACUUUGCCUAACACUGGGACAACCAUGGCAGAAGCUAUGACAGCAUUGGAGAUGCAUUUUGUCCCGAAGGUUAACAUGGUGGCUUGUCGUCAUGCAUUCCGACAGAGACCGCAAAGAGCCGACGAAAGUGUUAUGCAAUACAUUGCUGUGCUACGUGAUCUGGCUGUUCCAUGUGUGUUUGGUGAGAUGGAGGACGAAAUGAUUAGAGAUAAACUGAUAGAGCAUGCACACCUAUGUCAAAUCAGAGACAGACUCCUGCUUGAAGAUGACCUUACCUUGCAACGGGCCGUGACUCUAGCAUGCGAGGUGGAAUCAGCGGUACAAAACGCAUCCAUUCUCAAUGGGGGUGUUGCUGCAGCUCCUGUUAAUGCAAUUCUUAAGUCCACUUCCCGACGUCUGCAACGAUUUCUUGACAGGAAAAAGCAGAGAAAGCCGCUUCCAGAGCCUGAUGGAACAAAACAGAAAAAGUCCUGCUUUAGGUGUGGCUCACAGUCCCAUCUUGCAAAUGCUAAAAAUUGUCCUGCAGCAUCAGUGACCUGUAACUCAUGUGGAAAAAAAGGACACUUCGCAAAAGUUUGCAAAUCUAUGUCUAAAGAAGUACAUGAACUUGAGAUUUCUGAGCUUUCUAUCUGUUACAUGAGUGAUGCGUCUGACAAGAUUUGUUGUAAAGUCCAUAUAGAAGCACCAGUUGGGAAUAAGAAAUGUGUAGAUUUAAUUGUGCACACUGGAUCAUCUGUGUCAAUACUGCCGAAACAACUCUACAAGGACUGUUUUGCUGAAUGCCCCUUGACGAAACCGAAAGCCUGCUUAGUCACCUAUUCGAAGGACAACAUCUCAGUACUUGGCUGUAUGCCCGCUUUAGUAACGCUAGGCAAGGUGACCACUUCUGCUACAUUUUACAUUGUUCAGGCAGGCUCCGCGCUAUUAGGCUUGGACUUAAUAAAGGCUCUAAAUUACCAGUUCGCGGGAAGAACGGUGGGUACCAUACCACCUGUUCCAGUGUAUGAAACGGAUAAAGAAUCAUCAAGUGCGAGUGGAUGUGUGAAAGGAUUCAUUCACAAAGUGCAGGUGAAUCCUAACGUUCCGCCAGUGCAGCAAAAGCUCAGAUGCCUCCCGCUGUGCGUACGAGAAGAGGUAUCUAGGGAGCUUCAGCGCCUCUUGCAAGCUGGAGUGAUUGAAAAAAUUAACGCAUCACCUUGGGUUUCACCCAUUGUGGUAACCCGAAAAAAGCAAGGAGGUAUUAGACUCUGUGUGGACUUACGUGAAGAUAAGAAGAUAAGAUAG